AACAACUCUCCACUCUUUCCUCGUUGUUCAUAUGGUCAACUGUCGAUGACAGUUUUUGACAAUUACGAAGUUUUAAGAGAAGUAAACAUUUUUUGGCACAUUAAAAUAUAAUUGAUUGAAAUAUUGAAGCAAGAAUUGCAACAUGUAUCAUCAGGCAAAAUAUUUUUAUUGAAAUCUUCGUGGAGGUCGAUCAACGAUAUCAUGACGCGCACAAACAGGAAAAGAUGUCGCAACAUAGAAGAAGAAUCCAGUGACUUUAUGCCAUUGAGCAAACGAAUUAACAAUCUUCAUAUCAAUGGUUUAUCUGGUCUACGAGAGAACACUGUGGAGAGUACAGUGGAGAAUAUGGAAACUGAUUGGGAAAGUGGAAAUUUCAUGUCGUCUCCAAGCUGCUCAGAGAUAUCUCAGAAUUCAUCGCCCAGAGGCAGUUGUGGUUCCAGCCAAAGCAGUUUCACCAGUGAUUACAGACCAGAUUUGGAUGCGACGGAAAAUCCUUUUUAUUAUGAGAGUAAUAAAUUGCUGUUUUCCUUAUACAUGGAACGUAUGCAGAGGAGACCAGAUCUUUAUUAACGGAAUGUUUCACUUGUGAAGCAUCUUGAGAUUUAGUCAAACUCGCUGUUUUUCUCUUGUCCUUCUGCAUGAUAUAUUCGACGAUGUUUGGUUUCCCAGUCAUUUCUUGGAUAAUGAUAAAGUGUACCACAGCAAUAAAAUUGGUAUAUAAAACUUUUAUCAGAAGCAGCAUCUAUAGAUAUAAGAUUCAAUAAUGUACAAUCGUGUU